AUGAAGCUGCCAGCACGCUCGCUCAUCAAGAAGCUCGUACGUGCGCAUCUGCCGCCCAACGUGCGUCUCUCCAAGUCCGCCGACCUCUACGUGCUGCUGGCGUUCUUGAUCUACAUGCAGCGCCUCGCCAACGAAUCCAGGCUCGCCCACCAGCAGGACGCGGUCAACGGCCUCAAGGGCUCCGCAACCAUCGCGAGGAGGCACAUCAAUGAACAGCGCCAUGGCGCUCCAAUACGCUCCAAUACGCAGCAGCUCGACGGCACGUCGGACCGCGACCAGCCUCCAUUUACCUAG